GCUUCCAGGUAGAAGGCAAGAGGAGACAAUCAGAAUGAAUUCUAUGGACCGGCACAUACAGCAGACCAAUGACCGGCUGCAGUGCAUAAAGCAGCAUUUACAGAAUCCUGCCAACUUCCACAAUGCCGCUACAGAGCUCCUGGACUGGUGUGGUGACCCAAGAGCUUUCCAGAGGCCCUUCGAGCAGAGCCUGAUGGGAUGUUUAACGGUUGUUAGCCGAGUAGCAGCCCAACAAGGAUUUGACCUGGAUCUUGGCUAUAGACUGCUGGCCGUAUGUGCAGCAAACCGAGACAAAUUCACUCCAAAAUCAGCUGCUCUGCUCUCAUCCUGGUGUGAAGAGUUGGGCCGGCUACUUCUCCUCCGUCACCAGAAAAGCCGGCAGAGCGAUCCUCCUGGGAAGCUCCCCAUGCAGCCCCCCCUUAACUCCAUGAGCUCCAUGAAACCCACGCUGUCACACAGGAUCAAAGCUGUCCUCGUGGAGAGGUUCCCAAUGGGAGGGGAAGGCCCAUCUCUCCCAUCAGACCAGAAGCUUCCUGAGGAAGAGUGUCAAUUAGCUCCAUCUAUCUCGGAAAUGCGAGCGCCUCCAAGCUUCCCCGGCGCCGCCGCCGCCUCCCUCCCGCUCCACCUCCAGCCCGUGAGUCAGUCUCGCCCGCUGACGGCCGCCCGCGUGGCGCAGGGGCCCGGGCCAGAGCCCCCUCCUCUCUCCCCGCCCCCGGGGGGCGGCUGCUGCUCGUCGCUUGCUCGCUCGGCAGCCCCCUCCCCGAUCUCCCAACCCAGCCGAGCCAGGGCACUGCCGGCCCGCCGGGAACAAAGGCGGAGGGAGGGGAAGGAGGCUCCGGGCUCGCUGGGAACAAUGAGCUGCGGGCUCCCCGGGGACCGCGGCGGAGGCGGCGGUGGUGGUGGUGGUGGCGGUGGUUGCGAGCCAGGGCGUGCGGAUCGGGAUCCUGUCCUGCCCUAUAGGUCCGACCUGGAGCUGCAGUUUAAGUGCUAUCAUCAUGAGGACAGACAAAUGAACACCAACUGGCCGGCUUCUGUCCAGGUCAGCGUCAAUGCCACCCCUCUCACCAUCGAGCGUGGAGACAACAAGACCUCCCACAAACCUCUGCACCUCAAGCACGUCUGCCAGCCAGGAAGAAACACCAUCCAGAUAACUGUCACAGCAUGUUGUUGUUCCCAUCUGUUCGUGUUGCAGUUAGUCCACCGGCCCUCCGUCCGCUCUGUCCUGCAGGGUUUGCUCAAGAAACGCCUCCUGCCUGCAGAACAUUGCAUCACAAAGAUCAAGCGGAAUUUCAGCAGUGUGGCCGCCUCUUCAGGCAAUGCCACCCUCAAUGGAGAAGAUGGUGUGGAACAGACAGCAAUCAAAGUGUCUCUGAAGUGUCCGAUUACAUUCCGGAGGAUUCAGCUACCAGCGAGAGGCCAUGAUUGCAAGCAUGUCCAGUGUUUCGAUUUGGAAUCAUACCUGCAACUGAACUGUGAGAGGGGGACCUGGAGGUGUCCAGUGUGCAAUAAAACUGCUCUGCUUGAAGGUCUGGAGGUCGACCAGUACAUGUGGGGAAUCCUGAAUGCCAUCCAGAACUCUGAGUUCGAAGAGGUUACCAUCGACCCCACAUGUAGCUGGAGGCCAGUUCCCAUCAAAUCCGAUAUCCACAUCAAGGAUGACCCGGACGGCAUCCCCUCCAAAAGGUUUAAGACUAUGAGCCCCAGCCAGAUGAUCAUGCCCAAUGUCAUGGAGAUGAUCGCAGCUCUGGGCCCUGGCCCAUCCCCCUAUCCACUUCCUCCCCCACCCGGGGGCACCAACUCCAAUGAAUAUAACAGCCAAGGCAACAACUACCAAGGCCACGGUAACUUUGACUUCCCCCAUGGGAACCCCGGAGGGACGUCCAUGAAUGACUUCAUGCACGGGCCCCCUCAGCUCUCCCACCCCCCGGACAUGCCCAGCAACAUGGCUGCCCUGGAGAAACCCCUCAGUCACCCCAUGCAAGAAACUAUCCCACAUCCUGGCAGUUCUGAUCAGUCCCAUACUUCCAUACAACAAGGUUUGCACGUACCACACCCCAGCAACCAGUCAGGGCCACCAUUACAUCACAGUGGGGCAGCUCCUCCUCCUCCUCCUCCACCUCCUCCUCCUCCUCCUUCCCAGCCGCCCCGGCAACCGCCUCAGGCUGCUCCCAGCAACCAUCCACACAGCGACCUGACCUUUAACCCCUCCACAGCCUUAGAGGGUCAGGCCGGAGCCCAGGGAGCGUCCGACAUGCCGGAACCUUCGCUGGAUCUUCUUCCAGAACUCACGAAUCCAGAUGAGUUGCUCUCGUACCUGGACCCUCCUGACCUGCCGAGCAAUAGCAACGAUGACCUUCUCUCACUUUUUGAGAACAACUGAAGCUCUCGGCUUUUAAUCAAUCCCUUUCCCCUUCCCAACACGUACACACACGCACACGCAUGCAAACACAUACACACAUACAUACACACACAUAUUUCUCCACCCCAGAACUUCUCAUUUGGAGGUGGGGUGAGGUCUCUUCCUACUAUCACCUUCUCAGAACCAUUGGCACUCAGUGGGGAGACUGCAGAAGAAGUGGUACCUAGACCACAGGGUUUUGGGGGGCCCUUAGAGCACCCACCUACUCCCGGCCCUGGCACGGCAAAGUCUAAAGCCCAGGGCAGAUGCAUUUCUGCCCAUGUCCAACACAGUCCUAGAAGAAGAGCCUUGUGAUGGAGAAAACCAUCCCAGCACAUCUCUAGCUCAGCAAGGAUAAGAAAGUGGCUCUCUCUCCCUCCAACCCCACCAAUUCCUCCCAUGCUGACCCAGUGUCAGAAAACAACCUUCUAACCCAGGGGUCUUCCAUUUUUGAAACUGAGAAAUCUCCCCAUCCACCAACUUCCCAGACUGGACAUCUGAGCAAUCACAGAACCAGAAAUAUGGAGAAAGAUGGAUGGAACAGGCACGGUAUCCUGGGGAGGGGUAGCCCAUAUAGGAGUGUCCUAUGGGUGCUGGCCGGAGCUGCCGAAGUCACCACCACCGGAAAAGCACAAACCGUCCAAGAAAGAACCUCACCAGGCCAGAGCAGACCAUGCUUUCUCCCCGCUUCUGCCUGGAGCUGAAGGUUGCCACUUUUGAUCCCUGACCUCUUAGCCCAGACAGUCCCUGCAAGGGAUCAUGCUACGCAGAGGCUCAGACAGAAUGGAUGGAGAUGGGAAGCCUUGGAAGGGAUCAGGGAGGGAGAGUUGUUUUGGCUUUGGGUUCCAGUGGGAAGAGGGAACCAUAGAGUUCUCUAAGAUCACAGACAGUAGAGAGAAUGGCCACUGGGUCAUUUGAAUCACAAGAGGACCCUACAGUUCCCUCAGCCAGCAAUGGGAAAAGAACCUCAGCCCCUUUCCUUGAGGAAGGGGAAAAGGGGUCCGGGAGGGGGGAGUUGAAAAUGUGGGCAAGAAGAGGACAAACCUGUCAGGAGGCAGACACAGUAACGUAUACCUUUACUCCCAACAUAGUCCUUUUUAAAAAUCCACAAAAGAAGGAGAAAGUCAGUUUUAAAUCAUCCACAGAAAGGACCAGUGGAAUUUGAUAAAUGAGUGACUUUUGGGGAGGAAUGGGCGGGGGGUAGUUCUUUUUCCCCAUUCAAUCUCCAAGGCUGUUACAUGUUGUCUAGCCUUCACACACACUGCCCACCCCUCACCCUCCCAGGUCCUUUUCUUGUCCCUUUAAACAUCAGGGCUUAUAGGAAGAAGAGAGGUGAGCCAGGUUGAGUAUGGCUUGGUCUUGGGGUCCAUCAAAAGCCAUUAUUGUGUCACCCCUUCUGUUAUUCUGCCCAUGCCACUUGCCGGGCUGCAUCUCCAGCCCCGAUGAUUCUGUGCACAUCUUAGUGUGCCAUGCCAUCCAGGGAGCAUUACACAAGACGUGCACACGUGCCAACCUGCCGUUUAAGGGGUCAUAUCUCAACCUGGUCUCAUGUACCAUUCUUCCCCCUUGGUGGUUUAGAAUUAGCCUGACACUCCCUGCCCGUUGUGACAUGAAGUGGUUUCUGCUUAUCCAUCCGUUUCUGAUUACCACUUUUCCAGAUCUUUGUGCCCCUGCCCCAAUCCCCCUAUCUCCAUUGUAAUGUAUGAUUUGAUUUGGACUUAGCUUAUGUUUCUUUCUGUAAAUGGCCUGCUCUGGGCUCAGACGAUGCUGGACUGGCUCCCAUUCGCUCAAAUCUGUCAUUUCUUUGCUUCAAGCUCCUUGCUGUCACCACUGCCCCCAGAGCUAAUCUUUGUCCUCCCCCACAUACCUCUGGGCACCCCUAGCCCCUUGCUGUAGAUAUUACAGGAAACAGUGGUCACUUUCAUUUAUUCCCAGUCUCCCAUAUUCAGACUGUACCAGGUUUUCUGUAGAGAAUUUGCCAUCACACCUUCUUUGUAACUAGUUGGUUUGGUUUUUUGCAUUUUUCGCAGAUGACGAGUUGUUCAGUAUGCAAAAUCAAUUAUUUUAAGGAUCACUAUUGUAAAUAUCUUUGUGAAUAUUUUAGUAUCGUCUUUGAUAAUAUUCAACAUUUUCAUGACCUGGUUAUAUCCUUUGCUGUUGUUUUUAAAUACCUUGACUGAAGAUGAAAAAAAAAUGAGUCCUUUUUAAAAAAAAAAGUAAAACAAAAAAAAAUCAAAGGUUCUUUUUACAGACUUAAGGGAAUGAAAUUUCUUUUUAUUUUAAAGAUGUCAGCUCACCCAUUUGAUCCAUUUCCCAAAUCCUUU